AUGCUUAGGAGAGACUGCGGCUCCGGCCCGGUCAGUAGCAGUGGCGACCACGAAUAUUACAUCUCUACCCCGCCAUUUUCUGCCUCUCAUUUUGCAUCUGAGGUACAUGAGAAAGAGGAUGUUGACGCACCUGCGGUCAAGCAAGAAGAUGAAGGAAAGGAUGAGAAGCCCGAGAUCAAGGAAGAGUUGAGGAAAGGGCCCAAACGCGAAUCGACCAGAAAGGCCCAACCAUUCGAGAAAGUCGAAAAGAAUGAAGACGGUACUCUAGUCGGAAACUCGUCGACUCUCAGUUGCAAAUCAGAUGGGGACGAUGUAGUUGAGCUGCUUAUCAACCCCAUUCAUGGCAAAUCCAACUCAAGAGACGCGUCUCAGGAGCAUGUUGCCAGUACACCUAUCAUGGGCCACAGACCUCCCAAGCGACGUCGUCUAAUUGCUGAAAUUCUGAUUCCGACCUGGGCUCAGCUCCAAGACUACAAAAAGAACCUCAAGAAACUGGAAGACAUGAACAAUCCCAACGUACAGAAAGUGCAGGACAUGGAAUUCGAUCUGGAUACUGUUAUGUCACGUCUUCGGCCCAUAGGCCUGGAGAUAUUCCCAAUUGACCUUCCUCCCGACGUCUUGGAGUUCACGGUUUCGAGGAAAUUCAUGUCCACCACCUAUGGUGGCAACUCGCAGGCGACGUUCCCCACCAUCAAACCCCAGCAUCUAGCCCGUCAUGGCCUUGAAAAUUGGGCCUACUUGCACCCGAAGUAUCAACCGUUUGCUCCAGAAAUACCAGGUGCUCCUGGCCUGUUCAUUUGUUGUGCGCACACCAAGGACUAUUCGAACAUCAAGAGAGUGCUGACGCGGAUCAAAUCCAACCAGUGGCUGCCUGUCGGCGAUUACAAAUUCGACAAGUCAGUUCGACCAUUCCUUACUGUGGCAGAGUGGGCACGGCAGAAAGACGUGGUUCGAAAGACGUGGGCUCGGGAAAUGUGCAGAAAGAAGUGGGGCAUUGCCGUUCUCGUCCGCAUCCUCGGGCGAAAGCGUUUUGGUCGGGAACCAACGGAGGCGGAGCAAGCUGACAUACGAACACGUAAGCUAUACAAGAAUGCCGUGAACCCCCAAGAGGUGGAAAAGGCAUACCUGACGGGGAAAGAGAAAAUGGGUGUUUGGACGUUGAAAUGUGUUGACUACGACAAGUCAUUUCAACAAGAGCUUUGCGACACCUUCCCGGGUUGGAUUCCACCUGCUCCGCAGAACAAUAAGAAAAAAAAGGCCCGCAAAACAGGAAUGAAGAAGAGAACGGCGACGGCUACAACAGCUCAACCCCAUACUCGGGGUAGAAAGAGAAAGCUUCCUGAGUCAGAUGUCUCUGAAUCGGAUUCACCGAUCUCAGACGAAGAGGGCGAAGCAGACGAAGAGGCCGUGGAGUCGUCUGAAGACGAGGAGAUGCGAUGGGUCUUGCACAGGAACCGAAGCACAAAGUCGCGCCCGAUUAUCCUGUAG